GUCUGGCGAGUGCUGCAGAGCGCCUUCAGAUGGAACACCAGUGGCAGGACAACUUGGUGGAGGAAGAUUUAUAUUACUACAACGCCAAAGAUGACUUCUACGCUAACGAGACGGAGACUCGUAAGAACCGGGUCUACCCCGUCUUCAAGGACGACCCGGCGUUUAAACGACCCGUCGACUCCAACCACACUGCUGUUCACAUCCCCACUGACAUAUACAAGGGCUCCACCAUCGUGGUGAACGAGCUGAACUGGACGGCCGGCCUGGAAAAGGUGUUUAAGAAGAACAAGGAGGAGGACCCCUCCCUGCUCUGGCAGGUGUUCGGCUCUGCCACCGGAUUGGCCCGCUACUACCCAGCAUCCCCCUGGAUGGACUUGCGGAAAACGCCCAAUAAGAUCGACCUCUACGACGUCCGACGGCGACCGUGGUACAUCCAGGGGGCAGCAUCGCCUAAGAACAUGCUGAUAUUGGUGGACGCGAGUGGCAGUGUGUCUGGACUCACCCUGAAGCUCAUCCGUACCUCGGUCAGCGAGAUGUUGGAGACCCUGUCUGACGACGACUACGUCAAUGUUGUUUACUUCAACAGCAUAGCGGUCCAGGCUGCAUGUUUUGACAAUCUGGUUCAGGCCAACAUGAGGAACAAGAAGAUUCUGAAAGAGGCCGUGCACAACAUCUCAGCCAAGGGCAUCACCAACUACAAGGACGGCUUUGAGCUGGCCUUCGCUCAGCUCUCCUCGAUGAACACAACCAAGCACUGCAACAAGAUCAUCAUGCUUUUCACGGACGGAGGAGAAGAAAGAGCGCAGGAGAUCUUCCAGAAAUACAACCCUGACAAGAAGGUGAGGAUAUUCACCUUUUCAGUUGGCCAACAUAAUUAUGACAAAGUACCAAUCCAGUGGAUGGCUUGCAAUAACAAAGGGUACUACUAUGAGAUCCCGUCCAUCGGAGCGAUACGGAUCAACACACAGGAGUACCUGGAUGUGUUGGGGAGGCCCAUGGUGAAGGCUGACAAGAAGGCUAAGCAAGUCCAGUGGACCAAUGUCUACUUGGAUGCUCUGGAACUAGGCCUGGUCAUCACAGGAACUCUGCCGGUCUUCAACAAGACCAACACCAAAGCUGACAAGGAGAGAGGAAUGCAGAGGCCGCAGAACCAGCUCAUUCUGGGGGUGAUGGCUAUCGAUGUGUCCCUGGACGACAUCAAGAGACUAACGCCUCGGUUUACUUUCGGACCAAACGGGUACUACUUUGCCAUCGACGCUAACGGCUACGUCCUGCUGCAUCCCAACCUGCAGCCGAAGAACCCUAAGUUCCAGGAGCCUGUGACUCUGGACUUCCUCGAUGCUGAGUUGGAGGAUGAGAUCAAGGUGGAGAUUAGAAAGAAAAUGAUUGAUGGAAACACAGGCAACCACACGAUACACACACUGGUGAAAUCCCAAGAUGAGCGGUACAUAGACCGAGGCCUGAGAUCAUACACGUUUGCUCCUGUAAGAGGAACUGACUACAGCAUAGCAUUGGUCCUGCCUGAGCACAGCCUGCACUACAUCCGAGCCACAAUCGGAGACACGAUCACACAAGCCAAAUCAUUUUUGGGGAAAGAUGUCUCUGAAAGCCUACAGGAAGACAAGUUUGACGAUUACGGAUACACGCUCAUCGCUCCGAGAGAGUACUGCAAAGACCUGAAGCCCUCGAAAAAUAACUCUCAGUUUUUGAUGGAUUUCAACGAGUACAUCGACAGGAAGACGCCUAACAACCCUCAGUGCAACGUAGAGCUGGUGAACAGGCUUUUGCUGGACGCUGGGAUCACCUCCGACCUCAUCAAACGCUGGAAAGAGGAGGAACUGCCACACGGUGUCCUGGCCCGGUUUGUCGCCACAGAUGGAGGGAUCACACGAGUGUUUCCUAAAAGUGCCGGUCAGUACUGGAGUGAGGAUGCCGAAACGUAUGAAUCAAGCUUCUACAAGAGGAGUCUAGACAACGAUUUAUACAUAUUCACACCAACGCCCUACCCCAGAAAUGACAACAUGAGUGAAGACUCUGUGUUAGUAAGCAAAGUUGUGGACCUGCCCAUUGAUGGAGUAACUCUCAAACCAGCAGUUAUUGGUGUGAAGUUAGAUAUCAACGCUUGGAUGGCCAGCUUCAUCAACGCUACUUUGAGCAUGAAUUGCAGGGACGAGUACUGCGGCUGUCUCAGAAAUGAUGCGCAUUUGGACUGUGUCAUUCUGGAUGAUGGAGGCUUCCUGGUCAUGGCAAACAGAGACGAGUACAUUGAAGAGAUCGGUCAGUUUUUCGGGGUGAUUGACCCCAUCCUGAUGACUGACCUGGUCAACGUGUCUCUGUUCACCCUCAACAAGACGUACGACUACCAGUCAGUAUGCGACCCUGAGAGGGAGAGCAAGGCUGACGCUGGCCUGCGCUCCGUCUACGUGCCCACCAUAGUGGACAUUUUGAACGUUGGUUGGUGGGCUUCCGCGGCUGCUUGGUCGAUCCUGCAGCAGAUGCUGGUCAGCUUCACCUUCCCCAGGUUCCUAGAAGCAGCUGACGCUGAAGAGGAUCUGUCAGACAUCCUGAUGAAGCAGAGCUGCAUCACCAUGCAGACUCAGUUCUUCUUCGACAACAGAGACGAGAGGUCUUUCAAAGGAACCCUGGACUGUGACAACUGUUCCAGGAUCUACCACGCAGAGAAGCUGUGGAAGACCAACCUGGUGUUCAUCGUGUCUGACGCCAGACACACCUGCACGUCCUGCGACCCCAAGCCCCUCAUCCAGGCCGAGCAGCCGUCUAAGGGUCCUGACCCCUGUAAACUUGCCAAGAAUCCACGGUACAGGAAAGGUCCCAAUGAUUGUUUUGAAAACAACGAAAAUGAGGAUGACUUUGACUGCGGCGGUGCCUCCAGCCUGAGGCCGCCGCUAUGGUUACUGGUGGCGUUCCAGCUGGCCUUGUACCGGCUUCUGAUUGGCUCUGGUUACCACGCCGUCUCCUCGUGACCUUUGAACCGUCUGGCCCCUCUCCUCCUCCUCCCCCUUUCCUUCUCCUCCCCAUCCUCCCUGUCCUCGCCAACCAGCAUGAAACGCCACCUCUGCUUCCUCUAGGAACGCCAAGCUCAGACCAGCGACGGACACACGACACGCACCUCGACCGUCCCCUUUCCAUGGUUUCAUUCUUUUCAGGGAUUUUCAUCCCAUUUCACCCGGAGCCUGACUGAAGGGAGGCAGAAGCUCUGAGGAAACGGUUUGAGAGGAGAACUCACAACCCCUGACCCCCCCCCCCCCCCCCCCCCCCCCCCAUACUCUUCUCACCCCCCCAACCCCCUCCUUGAAAUUAGGAACAUUUCAAACUGGGUAAAGGUAAUUAUUGAGUGGUGCCCUUCAACCUUUGACCAUGGUUGGCUUGAUGCGGGACACGGGUUGGAGCCUUAUAGUGCCAGGAGGAAGUGGGUGGACUGUCUUAUAGUGCCAGGAGGAAGUGGGUGGACUGUCUUUGGGCGGGGGGAGGGGAAGAUUUGGUGUUUGCGAUGAAUUGUUCGCUCUUCCGAACUAGAAUUCUGUCACUUUUAUUCAGCACUUUCUGAAACAGUGCUGCCGACGUAUCAUUGUUGUUGAAAAGUUUGCUAUUUAUUUUGAUGCGUUUUGCUGUGGCUGGUUAGUCAGUAUUUUUCUUUGUCUGAUGUUGCAAUAAGGGACAUUGUAAUGUCAGUCUCUCUUGACCUAUUCAUGGAAUUAUUGUUGCAUUUUGGGGGGGGAUUGCAAAGGCAUUACGCUAUUAAACCGUUCUGUGUUAAGAGUAGCAUUUCCCAGCACCUCUCUGUGUUAAAUAACACACCUAAGGUCCAACAAUAUGCAGCACUUUCACAAAGUUGUCAUCUUGUAAAGUAUGGGGUGCUUGUGACAGUGUGGUUACAAUAGAACCCAUGACCUACCACAGAAUGACCCUACUGUGUGUGGGUCACCCAUUAACCUCACUGUUUAAGGUUGACCGUGGAUCCAUCAAAGCCAGAUCUCUCCCAGGUGUCCUGUCUCCAACUUGUCCUCUAUUUGCCAACAACACACAUCAACCAAUCAGGAUCAACCUGUCAGGCCUAUUGGAUCUUUGAAUAAAACUGUUGCCGUGGGGAUUCUGAGAACCUUUCGAUUUGAUUUAGCUGUGUGGCUACUGACUUGAAGAAAGCUUGAUGUGUUUCUAAUUUAUUUUUACUUAAAUAAUAUAUUUUCUUUUUUUUUUUUUAAGGACAAAGACAAUAGCUGCAUGCUACUGUUAUGUUGGAUUUAUUGUGAUUAUCUGAAAUAAUCAUUCACUGAAUAUUGAUAUAGUGUGUGUUGCUACUGUGUCGGUCUUUAUAUACCGUAGGUCUGAUAUAUAUAUAUAUACACUAUCUUCAAAUAAAUCAUAAAAUCCCUGUAAAAAUAAUACAAGAGAUUGAACUAUUUAAAGUUAUACUACUCCCACUUGUUUACCCACCAUCAGAAAUACCUCUAAACCUGAGUUUCCACGGCAACGUCUCCUAGACUGUCCUCAUUGCACUGUGAAGCAGUUGACGCCUAAUAACAUGCAGUUAAUGGACGCAGUCCGGAUAUUAACGAGGAUCACCCAUUCUAAACCUGCAUUUCAUUUCUUAGACUCAGACUUCGAUCUGUUUGUUUUUGUUGUGCCUUGCUGUGUGCCAGUUUAGACACACUAACUUAACUGUCAUAUAUACUAGAGAAAAUAUCACACAUUGGUCAAAAUGUGAUCCCUUUAGUUUUGGUAUUAUAUUGCCAGAUCAACAUUAGAUUCCUAUCAAUCUUUCUGUGCAGGGAAAUAGGUUUUUCAACGGUCAUCAGUUAAUAUUUCCUAAAUCAUUCCUCAUGAACUGCCAAACAUAUUAGAAAAAACUUAGACACAACAGAAAUGUGCCUCAAAACAUACAGGACCAAAUCUGUGCUCUUCAAAUCUGCCUCCUUUCCCUGUGAUCUCACAGUGGAGUCUACUAAAUCAAUAUCAGAUGGUGGUUCUUUAUCAAAACAUUGUAGGAACUUAUCAAAAAAUCUUGUUGUCAUGCCAAACAAGCCAUCAUCUUUAAACAGUUUCCUGCCUAAAUCGAUUGUAUAUAUUUUAUGUUCUUGGAUAGAAAUUGAGGUAGACAAUAUAAUUGUGAAAUGAUGAUACGGUAUGCUGUGGUUUUGAUUAUUUAUUUGUUGUUUCAGAUGACAAAACGUUAAUCUAAAGUCGAAAUUGUUCUGCGUAACAAAUGGACGUUUUUGGAGUCCAUUCUGUGCUUGGCAUGUAACUCCAAUCUGUGAGUAUUACUGCAGGAAGGAAAGUGAUCCGGAGAAGAAUCGACGAUCACUGUUCCUGAUAAUUCAGUAACCGCUUAUUUCAGUAAUGCCUCGUUGAAUUGCUGUUAAAACGGAUGACUGCCAGAACACAGGGACUUCAUCAGAACCCAAUUUAGAGACACUCACGCAUCAUUUCCCGUGAACACAGGCGCAUGGGCCUGUUAACCGCAGUUGCUUCGGCAUGGAGUUGAAAACCACAUCAUGACGUUGUGUGGUCAGUGCUGUUAUUGGGAUAUUAUUUUCCUCUCUCUUUGCUUCUCAUGAACACUUUUAAGUUAAAUCACGAAUUGCAAAAGGAUUCUUCUUGAGUCAAAUAGAAUCAAACUCAAGCCCCCCACCCCCAUAUCCCCCCCCCCCCCAUCUCUCAUCUCCUCAGAAUAACUGUUGAUUUUUGUUUUAUCGUAAACACCAUUUUACUGUUUAUACGGUGUGGCUGCAACACCAACACUGAGGUACUGCCGUCAUGUAAACUACUACACACGUGGUCUGAGAUGCCGCAAAAGGUUCUUUUCAAACUCGUCAAAAAUAAAUAAUGUGGUGACACUAACAUACUGGUAUUUAAAAUCCUCAAUAUCUACUAACAUUCAAGAAUAUUAAGUGCCAUAGGACUUUGUCUGAUAUAUGGAAACCUGUUUUGACGUUCUUCUGACUGAAAAAUGUUUUCUAGAUGUUUUCCCUGUGCUGCAUGACAGUGGCCAGCAAUGAAAAAAAAAGAAA